CCACCACCUCCUCCUUCGUCUAAACCCGACCUUUCCCUCCCCACCCAACAUGUCUACCCAACCUCUUCUCCAACGCACGGCUCAGAAACGAAUUGCACUCCCCGUCAGGGUCGAGCCGAAGGUAUCAUUUGCAAACGAGCGCACCUUCUUAUCGUGGUUGCACUUCACCGUCAUUCUCGGCGGGUUAUCCGUCGGUCUUCUCAAUUUUGGUGACAAAGUUGGGAAAAUCAGCGCCGCUUUGUUCUCGAUUGUCGCUGUCAUGAUCAUGGUCUACGCUCUGUAUACGUUCCACUGGCGCGCCAACUCCAUCCGCAAAGGAGGUAGAGGGCCGUACGAUGACCGUCUUGGACCUACGCUUCUCUGUAUUGCACUGCUUGUCUCUGUUAUCGUCAACUUCAUUCUCCGGUUUUUGGAAUAAUUCGUAACCUACGCUGCCGAGUUCGUACCCCCGCCCACAUGCUCACACCUCUACUCCCUUCCUUUCACACCCAUACACCUGUACGCCUUCCCAACGGACUAUUCCCUUUCAAUGUAUGAUAAACUGGGUCCACGGACAGGAUGAAAAAGUCCAACUCGCUCUAAAGCAUGGAUAACAAGCUUCCAAGC